GGGCAUUUCAAAGUCGAGCAGUGCAAGGAAAGAGGGAGAAUGAUAAGUGCUUUGACCUGCACUAUUUUUGCGUAUGUUAUUUAACGUAUUAUUGUGAGCUUAAGGGGCCAUAUUAGUUAAUGAAUUGAUGCAUUGGUUGUACUUUAUUCUUUAUUGUACUAAGGGUGUACGUUUCUUUCACUUUCAUGAUGGUGUUGUUCAGGUGGCACUGGUGGACCAGCUGUCAACAAAUGAGUUCAAGACCCCCGCUGAAAGGCUACGCCGUGCAAGCCAUGAGUGGGGACACUCCACUCAAGGUGCCACUGGAUAACACACAGAGGCAAUGUGAUGUGCUCAUCUGCACUGCUCAGAUCCUGGAGAAUUCCCUUUGCAAUUUGGACAAUGAGGGAAUCGACAUUGGUGUGUUUACCCUGCUCAUCAUUGACGAGUGCCACCACAUACAAAAGGAGGCUGUGUAUAACAAGAUUAUGUAUCGCUACUUGGAGGAUAAACUCAAACGCCAGAAGAAGAAUCUUCCCCAGAUUUUGCGCCUCACAGCCUCUCCUGGCGUUGUUGGGGCCAAGAAACAAAAACAGGCUGUGACCCAUAUCUUCAAGAUCUGUGCCAACUUGGAUGCCAACUCUAUCAAAACAGUACAGGAUCACAAGCACGAGCUACAGAAGACUGUGAAGGAGCCCAAGAAGAACACGGAGGUCACAGAUGAGAGGAAAGAGGUCUCGUUUAUUCGUGAAAUAUUGAAACGCUCACAACUCUUUGCAAGACUACUUGUAAUACAGUUUAAUGGACCUAAUCUCAACACAGCAAAUGUUGGCAUUUCUUUAGGACGGAGUAACUUCAUCCUCUAUCCAGAAACCACCUUGGUUGUUAAUGGACAGAAUCCCUCAGACCUAUUUGGAGACAAGUUGAAGUAUUUAAUGAACAACAUACAUGCACACAUACAGGAAAUAAGCAAUUCUGAGUUUGGCUCACAGGGCUAUGAACAAUGGAUCGUGGAGCAGGAAAAGAAAGGUGCCAUGGACACCAACAGGGACCUGCGUGCCUGUGCUCUGCAUUUGAGGAAGUAUAACGAUGCCCUCCUCAUCAACAGCACUAUCCGCAUGGUGGAUGCAUUUAACCACCUCCAGAAUUUCUACGUUGAAGAAGCAAAAAAAGAGGACAAUGAUAAAUCGAAUCCAAACCUGGAAACGCUACAGGAGGCAGUGCCGCAGGGUUUCAGGCAGGCCGAAUAAUCCCGGGGCAUAAUUUUCACCAAGACGCGACAGAGUGCCCAGACCCUUUGGCAAUGAGUUCACGAUAAUGCAGAUCUGAAGGCGGCUGGUAUGCGUGCUCACUUCCUAAUUGGUGCAGAUCACAGCAACCAACUCAAGCACAUGACUCAGAGUGAAAAACAAGAUGUGAUUAAAAAAAAAUUCCGGACGGGUCAACUGAAUCAGCUGGUGUCCACCACUGUGGCUGAGAAAGGCCUGGACAUCAAAGAAUGCAAUUUUGUUAUUCGUUACAGCUUGGUCACAAACGAAACGGCUAUGGCACGGGCACGUGGGAGAGCUCGGGCCGAAGACAUCACCUAUUUCCUCGUGGCCAUGGUUGGGCACAGGGUAGUGGAGCGUGAAAACACCAACAUUUACCGUGAGACGAUGAUGCACAAAGCCAUUGAGACCGUUCAGUCUAUGAAACGCGACGAUUAUCUUAAAAAGGUCAAAGAUUUGCAGAGACAAUUCAUGAACGAGGAACAAAGGAAAGACAGAAGAAGAUCAAGAGUAAGACCGUUCAGGCGAGAGAUGUGA